AAUUCGACAUUGCAGAGCGAACGCAUACCUCCAUAUCCCAGAAGCUGCAAUUCAGCCAAAAUUUCUGCUGAAAUGAGCCACAACAGAAGCAGCAUGAGCCCAGAAUUUUACACCAUGAAUGGAGGAGAUGGCCCUUACAGCUACUCCAACAAUUCCCGAGCUCAGAGAUUAUUCAUAGAAAUUUCUAAGCCAAUAAUUGAUGAAGCAAUUAUGAAUGACCUCGAUUUAAGAAGCUUCUCUUUGUCAUCAAAUCCCUUUUCCAUUGUAGAUUUGGGGUGCUCAACUGGACCAAACACAUUCAUGGCAGUCCAAAAUAUAGUAGAUUCCAUCAAGCAGAAAUACAAAUCCCACAUCCCUGAUUGUACAAUUCCUGAAUUCAUGAUAUACUUUAAUGACCAUUCAUCAAAUGAUUUCAAUACCCUCUUCGCUUCACUGCCUCCCAAUCGGCAGUACUUUGUGGCCGCGGUGCCGGGGUCUUUCCACGGCCGGUUGUUCCCGGAAUCUUCUGUUCAUUUCUUUCAUUCGUCUAAUGCGAUUCACUGGCUGUCCAAGGCUCCUGAGGAGUUGUUGGACAGGAAGUCUUUGGCUUGGAACAAAGGUAGGGUGCAUUAUACAAAUGCUGCAAAGGAAUUUUGUGAUGCAUAUGCAACUCAAUUUGGCAAGGACAUGGAGAAGUUUUUGGAUGCAAGAGGCAAAGAGAUUGUUGUUGGAGGAUUGAUGGUGUUGACUGUGAGUGGCAUCCCAAAUGGAAUGCGGCUUUCUCACCAGAAUCCGAUUGGUCUCCUGUAUCAUAUUCUUGGGGCGUCUCUCAUGGGCUUGGUAAAGAAAAGAGCAAGCAUCGAGGCCGCCAAGGACAUAAUUGAUGAAGCAAUUUCUAAGGAGCUCGAUUUAACAAAGCUCUCUUUGACAUCAAAUGCAUUUUCUAUUGUAGAUUUGGGAUGCUCAACCGGACCCAACACAUUCAUCGCCGUCCAAAACAUACUUGACUCUAUCAAACAAAAAUACCAAUCCCUCAGCCUUGACUCUGAAAUUCCUGAAUUCUUAGUAUAUUUCAAUGAUCUUACAUCGAAUGAUUUCAAUACCCUUUUCGCUUCUCUCCCUCCAAACGGGCAAUACUUUGCGGCCGCCGUGCCAGGUUCUUUCCACGGCCGGCUAUUUCCAGAGUCUUCCAUUCAUUUUUUUCAUUCAUCUAGUGCAUUGCACUGGCUUUCUAAGGUUCCUGAUGAGUGUUUGGACAAGAAUUCUCCAGCUUGGAACAAAGGGAGGGUUCAUUAUACAAAUGCAGGAAGUGAAGUUUAUGAUGCAUAUGCAGCUCAAUUUGCAGAAGAUAUGGGGAUGUUUUUAGAAGCUAGAGCUAAAGAGAUUGUGUUUGGAGGAAUGAUGGCGUUAAUCUUGAGUGGAAUUGAAUCUGGAAUGUGCCAUUCUAAGCAGCCAGUAGGUCUCUUGUAUGACCUUCUUGGGGCCUCCCUCAUGGAUUUGGCCGAGAAAGGAGUGAUAAGUGAAGAAGAGGUGGACUCGUUCAACCUGCCAUUGCACACUGCAACUCCUGAAGAAAUGAGAGAGAUAGUAGAAGGAAAUGGGAGUUUUAGCCUGGUGAGAAUGGAGAUGAUGGAAUCCAAAUUGAUGAUGGAUGCCUUUCUCACAAAUGUGCUUUUGGCGACGAUGAUAUUGAGAUCGAACACUGAAGAUAUUAUCUCCAAGCAUUUUGGGAGUGGAGUUAUGGAUGAAGUCUGCCAACGGUUGUCUGCAAAAGCUCUGGAUAUUGCUAAGAAGCUUAAUCCUGAAGAGUACCAAGGAUAUCAUUUACUUGUCAUUUUGAAGCGUAAUUGACAUGUAAGUUGUAGGAAUGAACUUUUGCUUAUUCUUUUAUAAGCUUAAAUAAAAGAAGAAGCAAAAUAAAAGCCUUAAAAUAAAUAACAAGAGAAUAGAAACUCAUGAACAAGAGAUGAAAUAACAAAUUUCCAAGCAAGAAAGAAGAUUUGGUUCGGAAAAUAAGAAAUUACUCCGAAUCAUUAUUUGCUUUGA